AUAUAUAUAGACCCACAUUCUCUUAAUUUCCAUUCUUGUAAUCAUCAUCAAAUCUUUAUAUCUUUCAGUUUCAAAAAUGGAAGCUUUUUACCAACAACAACAACCACAGUCUUAUAAUAACACUACUCUUGAUCAAACAAUUUUCUUUCCAAACCCUUCCACCACCACCACCACUAGAGGUUUUCCUCAUCAGUUGUAUCAACCUGCUGCUGCUAAUGAUCAUUUAUAUGGUCAUCAUUAUAAUAAUAAUGUUUUAUUAGCAAACAAGCUACAAAGCCCAGAAUCUUCAAUGUCAAUGGUUGUUGAUGAUUGUGGCAAUAGUAAUGAUCAUCAGUUAUUAUUGGCCAAGAAACGGAAUAAAGAUAAACAAGCUGUGUUAAUGUCAUCUAAUUUGAACCAUGCACAAUCCAAAGAUACAAGCAACAAAAUGAAGAAGCCAAAGAAAAGCAAUAAUUAUAAUCAAGAAGAAGAGAAAAAGAAAAAGACAAAGAAAGGAUCAUCGUCUCAUGAAGAAUUAGAAGGUCAUCAAGAAGCAGAAGGCGGGUACAUUCAUGUUAGAGCAAGAAGAGGCCAAGCCACUGAUAGCCAUAGUCUUGCUGAAAGGGUGAGGAGAGAGAAGAUAAGUGAAAGGAUGAAGCUGUUGCAAGCCAUUGUUCCAGGUUGUGACAAGGUAACUGGAAAGGCCCUUAUGUUGGAUGAAAUUAUUAAUUAUGUCCAGUCCCUACAAAAUCAAGUUGAGUUUCUUUCCAUGAAGCUUGCUUCUGUAAACCCCAUGUUGUAUGAUUUUGGAGUGGAUUUUGAUGCAUUCAUGCUUAAACCUGAUGAGAAUAUGAGUAACAUGGCACUGCCAAUUAUGCCAAGUGUACAACAAUGUAGCACCAACAACGGCGGAGCAGCCACCUUUGCUCCGGCAAAUAACUAUCAUCAUCAUCAUCAUCCGCCACAGUUGAAUGAUGGUCCAUCAUCAGUAGUAACUAAUAAUUCACAACUGUUGUUUCAACAUUCACUACAGAUGCCAAAUAUUCUUCUAUCCCAGGGAAAUGGACAACAGUUGUGGGAUGUGGAUGAACAAAGACUAAAACUAGACAAUAGUUUCAGUAGUCUUAACAAUAACUUGACUUCUUUUCAUUAAUCUGCAAGUGUACGAAGUUAUGCAUGGAGAUAUAUCCCAUCAUCGUCGGCUAGGCGCGCAAAGUAGUUUUAAUUCUAUGUGAAUAUUCCAAAAAUGUCACACAUAAUCAAGGGUUGAGGUGACUGAUCAAGAACCAAAGAACAAGAUGAAGCUGUUGAUUUAUGAGCACAUAUUAAUUACUGUUAACAACUUGAAAGUUCUAUUUAAUAUAUGUUUGUAAGACCAUCCCUAUCGGUUCUAUUUUUGGACCGGUCGGUUGGACAAAGUGGGUGUUAAUUGAUGGGGCCCAUGUAAAAACCCACCCUUCGUACAACCGACUAUAAGUUGGUCAAUAUUUAACUAGUAAAUAUAUUAUAUUCUCGUAUAUUUAUUUGUUAUUAUUUUAUAAAUGAUGGUGGUGCCUUUUUGAAAA